CGACAAGAUUACAGGAAUAGUUCGAUUUACCACAGAGAGAGUUGCCGGCUAAAACCGGGAGGCCGCACCUGCAUAUUUUUUGCAUCACCAAGAUAAGAACUAGGAGACCCGUUUUAAAAUCCAAACCCGUAUAACUAUCCACGACAAAGAACCUGUAAACGCGUUCCAAAAUUUCUACCCGAUUUGAAUCAAGUCAAAUCUGGAACUGGUUCAAAUCGAGAGAGAAAUCACAUUUCUUCGUCGCCGGAGAAAAUGGGGGAUUUCAAUCUCGCGCUGUUGAUUGUGGCCAUAGUGGUGUGCGUUAUCGUCUUCCUCAUCAACAUAUACCUCCUCAUCAACUACCAGCACCCAGAUGAUGUUAACCAGGCCUACUUUCCCAAGUUCGUCGUUGUUUUCGGCCUCUCCGUCGCCGCCAUCUCCAUUCUCAUGCUGCCCGCAGAUGUGGCUAAUCGUCAAGCGUGCCGCCACGCAAUUUAUAACGGCGCCUGCAACCUGACGCUUCCGAUGAAGGACCUCUGGCUUGUCAUCUACAUUGUCGAUGCUUUGCUGGUCUUCUUCGUUAUUCCAUUCGCCAUGUUCUACUAUGAAGGCGACCAGGAUAAGAGUCUUGGCAAGAGAAUUAAGAGCGCUUUAUGUUGGGUAGUAGCAACAGCAGUUGUUUGUACUCUAGUUCUUGGGAUUUUAUAUGGGCUUGCUGGAAAGGUAGACUUCACUGUAAGACACCUUUCUUCUGGUACUACUGCCUUUCCAAACACAUUUACAUUUUCUGGUGGUCAGCCAUGUAUUGGAAGUGCACGACAGUGUUCUGCAUAUUCCGCAAGUGCUUCAUCCGAAAAGACUUGGACGAUGCGCACUACAUUUCCCGAAUAUGUUGUUGCUUUGGCUACAAUUGUUGGAUCAGUGCUUUUCAUGAUUUUUGGCGGUGUUGGCAUUGCUUGCCUUCCACUGGGGCUUAUAUUUUCAUUCAUUAGGCGUCCAAAGGCAGUUAUCACUAGGUCACAGUAUAUCAAGGAAGCAACUGAAUUAGCCAAAAAGGCUGGAGAGUUGAAGAAAGCAGCCCUUGAACUGCAUCAAGAGGAAAAGAAUGGGAAAAAAGGAAGGAAAUGGCGCAAAAAUGUGAAGUCAGUUGAGAAGGAGCUACUUUCUCUGGAAGGGGAUAUGAAGUCCCUAGAAGAGAUGUAUCCUCAAGGCGAAAAGGCAGAGGCAGCUUGGGCUUUGACUGUUAUCGGAUAUUUGGCCAACCUUGUUCUGGGCGUUUUAGGAUUGAUUGUUUCAGUGGCUUGGGUUGCACACAUUGUGAUAUAUUUAUUGAUUGAUCCGCCACUUUCACCAUUCCUGAAUUGGGUUUUCAUCAAGUUAGAUGAUGUUUGGGGUCUUCUGGGCACAGCAGCAUUUGCAUUUUUCUGCUUCUACCUUCUUCUUGCAGUGAUGGCUGGGGCAAUGAUGCUUGGGAUGAAAUUAGUUUUUAUCUCAAUUCAUCCAAUGAAGUGGGGAGCUACAUUGAUGAACUCUUUUCUUUUUAAUGUGGGCCUUAUUCUUCUCUGCUCUAUUAGUGUCAUUCAGUUCUGUGCGACUGCCUUUGCAUAUUAUGCUCAAGCGACUGCAGCUCAAGAAAUAUUUGGCCACACCUUGCAAUCUCUUCGUGGGAUUAAAUAUUUAUACAAGUAUAACGUGUUUCAAAUUGGAUUUGUUGCUCUUGCUGGACUGACAUUUGUGUAUUACCUUGGUUUUGGAUGGAGACGGAAAAAACCCAGUGGCAGGUUUCAACUCUCCAGUUAAAGAUUUGGUUGUCCUAAAGCCAAAUGCCUCAUCUAACACUUCAGAUUUACCUCUAUCAGAGUGAUAUGAUUCCCGGCUUUUGUCUAAAUUCGUUCUUCCAAGGAGUAAUACUGCCUCUGCCACCUUUGCUGUUGCUUCUGACAUUAUUUUACCUCCUUACGGUGUAUAUUCUGUUUGCAUGUUGUACAUUGACUUGAGCAUGUAGUAUUUAUCAGUUGGGAACUGGGGAGGGUCAUUUGUCUAGGAGCUGCCUCGUGUGUACCAUACAUAUAGUUUAUGGAAAGAGGGAAUUCUUCCA